ACGAAGGCGUGGACGUAGACACACUGAUGAAGGAAGCGGCGCGUCGAGGGAAGAGGACGUCUGACGGGAAGCCUCCUGCAGAAAAUGUCGCAAUUGGUGCACGCCCUGGCUCGUGGUCCCGCGCCCACGCCCGACCUCAGCUACGCCUGCCCCAUUACUGUCAGGUAGAUGUCAAGCUGAAUAUUGGACUCGCCGGCGUUGGAGCCUUCAACUUCUCACACACAUCUAGUGGCCUCCGCGACGUCAGGACCAUCUCCACAGUGUCCUUCGCGCCGCUGGACAUUGCCUGGGGGGUGGAGCAUGAGCUGUACGUGCAAGCAAACGAGCUCCGCCAUUCGCUGAACGUGACGUGGUCGCCCCGCACGCAAGAUCAGCUGUCUUCUGUUAUCCAUUAUGUCAACAACGGCAUGCUCGGAGACCUCGAUGUGGCGCUCUACGUUCUGGUGGCAUAUCCAGGCCAGGUGAUUGAGGUGGAUGAGCUGCUAUCACGGGCGCAUGGUGGCAGCUACAAGAACAAGCUGAGGCUGCACUUUGAGCCCGGCAGGACCAUCAGCAUGGACACUGUAGUCAUCUCCCGCAGCGACCAGGGCGUGAUAUCUUAUGGCCUUUCCAAUACCUUUAAGCUCGACACCUGGAUCAGUCCUCUCAGUGUUGUGGGAACCUUGAAUUGUAUUGGGAGAGCCCGAUGUACACUGGACAUGACAGCAGAGCAGGCAGGAGACCAGCUGGCCGAUGUUAAACUGCAACACACCGCUGCCACAGGAGUCUCCAGGACUGAGGCUAAAUUUCUCGUCACGCAUUGGGUAGAUGGAUCAGUGUCCCUGGAUUCCGCCUCUAAGCUGGGUUACUAUGACCUUAAGUGGUACAUUAUGGCCACUCCUUGGGCUCGCGUGCUACAGGGCCACGCGGUAAUGGACUUGUCCUCGGCUGACAUCGCGGCUGCAGAGAUGAUUGUGGCGAAGAUAGAAGGAGACAGCUUGGGCGAAGUCACGCAUCUGUACAAUGGAACAUUCACUUUAAAUCCAGCAACACGUUCAGUCCACACAAGGCAGGAGGCCCGGUUGGUGUCGGGGGAUGCAAGUGACCUAUGGGUGGCGGUGCUGCAGGGGCGGGCAGGAGACCAACUUUUCAACAGCAGACACUUUGGAAAGGCAACACUCAUGACUCCUUCUGGCAUGUUUUAUACGGCGAAUGGAGACGUGAGCACCGAGGUGCACAGCCUGGAGUCGGUGAUUGCGGGCGUGAGUCUGUCUGCGGGCGUAGGCCAAGCAGCCUCCUACCUCCUCACCUGGACCCUUAAUCUCCAACAGCCAGACCCUAUUAUUCGCAGCAUACCGGAUGCAGGACUCGAGGGUGACCUGCAAGAGACGCCCCUCCUGACCCUCGAGUCGCUCCUAAGGACUAACACUCCCGCCAUUGGGGAAGUCAAGCUCAAUGUCAAAAGCAAGAAGACGCGCCACUCCGUCUCCAGUGGAAGCUCCGAAGAUGACGAAGAGAGCGAGAAGAUCGACGUCGAUAUUCGCCUGAUCACUGAAGCCGUGCCCGAGAUGGGUCGGAUCCAUGGUAGUCUCACCAGAUCCUCGGAGACGUACUCGCUCAACGGUCGAGUGUGGUCGGGUGCGCAAUCGCUCGCCGUGGUGUCCUAUGGCGUCGCAAACAACGACACUAUCAAGAGCUCUCACACCGUCACCGUAGUUGCUCCUGCGCUGCCUUGGAGUAGGGCGGAGCUCAUGGUUGAGGCGGAUCACCUGGGCACUUUACCCUUAAACUUCCAGACUCUCGUGAACAGCAAGGUGACGCUGGGGAUGGAGGAGGCCUGCUCGUUCCGGGGCCUCGCGCAGUGGACGCCCAAGACGUCUGCGCUGAGCCUCGCCUUCCACACAUACCUGCAGGAUCUUCCAGGUGGAAACGUGUUCUUUAAGUUGGCACCCUCGUCGGUGGAGGGGCAUGUGGGAUGGGCAGAUCUGAAGGCGGUGACGGGCGUCCGGUGGGCCGAGGAAGGUCGUGCCCUCGAGUUCGUCGUCAAGUUCAAGAAUCCCGGAUCCACCCUGCAUGACCUGGAUGGCUUGCUCAACUUCUUUAUAUCGCAGCCGCCGUACCCGCCUGUAUCCCUAACGCUCAUGGGCCGCAUGAGUCUCAACUCCGACCAUCAUUAUAUACUGAACAUAAACUGCCAGUCGGAGAGGGAACAAUACCUGUUAACCGGAGCUCUGGUGAGGCCCGUUGGGUCGGGGUCGGUCCGCCUUCAGCUGCAACGCAAUGGCAACGCCUACAAGGCUGUGGGCUCGCUUCUCUUGGACAGCUUGCAGGCGCAAGUUGAGGGAUCGUUCACUCGACUACAGUCGGGCGAGGACCUGGCGCUCACGCUUGCCACCUCGCUCCUCCCGGACCCCGAGGGAUACACCCUCAGGUUCUCCCGUAAGAAUGAGGCGGACCAGAUGCAGUUCGCCGUUGUGUUCUCACAGGCAGGGACGUCUCCUGACUGGGUCUACUCCUACAGAGUGUUCGUGAAACUGCAGAGGGACAUCAAAUCGAGACUCCGGAUGAUGAGGAUCGAGGAUCAAUUCACGCGCCACCAAUUUCAACAUGUCGUCAAGAAUUACAGUUUCUUUAUUCUCGUCGUUCAUAACAAGUUCGAUGAGACUGACAUCGAGAUUGAGUUCCCGGACCUCUGGGCGCACCUCAAGGUCACGGGCACACUGGUCAAAGGCAAGGACUCGCACGUGGACCUCGUGGUGGCCACGCCGACAAUCAAACACAUCCUGGAGGGUCGACUUCUAUUCAGCAGCGAUGCUUGGAGCUCGGCCCACAGUGGUUCCCUCACUUACACGCAGCAGGGAAAGAAAGGCAGAGGGCAGCCAUUCAAGCUGGAGGUGGAGGCUUUCAAGUGGACCAGCAACAGGCAGAAGUACACCUUUUACAUGCAAAAAAUGUUCACUGAGUCAUCCUCCGCCAGCGUGGGAUUCGACUACCCGCACGAGCCCUAUGACCUAAGCGGCUACUCCUACGAUGACCCAACACAGCAAGUUGUGUUUAGCACUUUCGAGGCUUCUCUGGAAGUCCUGCAUGAUCCAGGAUCAUCGGAAUAUAAAAUGUCCUGGAAAAGUGACGCGACGGCGAACGAGGCGAGCGUGGUGUUGGCGAGCGACGGCAACGGAGGCUCGGGCCGACUCAAGUACCAGCGGCGCGAGAAAGGGCGACCGAAGUCCGAGAUCGAGUACCUGCUCAAGGGCAACUACCGCCGAUUCGACACGGAGCUCACCUUCUCGGGCACGCUCGACCAGACAACCAUUGGCAGGCCCCGAGCUAUCAACUUCCUGCACUCCGAGGCCGAGGGCUACACGGAACUGGUCCUCGACCUGUUUGAGGCAGAGGGCGACCAAGUGAUUCUCGUUUUCACAUAUCUACCCGACAGUUCCCGGAUUAGGAUUGGACAGUUUGGCAACACGUUCCUGCAAGUCGGUUAUAAAAAGGAAGUCAACGAAGAAGGCGGAAGAAUUUACUCAUUCCAGCUGGAGAGUUCAGGACGAACGGUGGAGGUAUGGGCGGGCCGUGUUCCAGACGACCUAAGGAUCUGCACGAAGGGCGGGUUGGUGCUGCAGACGCCGAAUUUGGCGCCUACCUAUCAAGCCCUUAGCCUUUGCCCUGCGCCAGUCCCGGAACUGACCCUGCAGGUCAUGGGUGUAGAGGAGCACGAGGGGCCAUAUCUACGUGUAGGCCAGAUCUCGGGACCAGGGGGCGUAGCUGUCCAGGUUGGAACUGGGCGUCUGCGGCCACUGGACACGCCCCCGGCCCUUACCGUGACAGCCGACGUCGAGAAAGAGGUGCUGGAGGUCCUACUUGACUGGCAGAGCCCUUCUCUGGCCCAGCUAAAGGAGGAAUUUCUGUCUCGAGGGCGCGGUGUGUUGGCGGCGCUAGGUGGUCUUAGUAAGACGGGCGUGCAGGUUCAAGGAGCGCUUAGUCUUGAGAGGGUGUGGGCGGAUACUGAGGAGCUUCUCGUCGAGGCGCUCCAUCUCUCAGCCAGGGCGGCCUCCCACUUAAUAAUCGAGAUGUUGGACAGGAUUCCCGAGGUCGAGGUCGACGGCCUAGUGCGAGUGUCGAUGAGGUCGUUGAGGCAAACGCUGUGGCGAGUGAUCGGCGCCUCGACGGAGCUCAUGGAGGAGGCCGUGCGGGCGGGCCAAGACUCGCUCGAGGAUAUUUCACACGCACUGAAGGAGACGGCGCACUGGAUGCUUGAAGAGACCGAGGGCUAUUUAAAGGGCGCAGAGCAGGCGGCUUCGGAGGUGGUGGAAGUCGCGCUGGAGGCGCUGCGCGAGCGAGUGCGGCCGCCGCUUCUGCGCAUCCAGGCGGCGGUGGAGGCCCUUGAGUACAACGAUGAUCAGACGCUGCACAACCUCGUGUCGCGGGUCAUGGGCGCCGUGAGGAUUCACGCGGGGCGGCGGGCUGGCCUGCGGGGAUUUCUUCUGACUGAUCUUAUCACGAGACUCGAAAGGGCCCUCGUUGCAGCCUCCAGGUGGGAGGAGUUGCGUGCCCGUGGCUCCGAACUGCUGCUUUGGGCGCAGCAGCUCACCAUCGUCAGUGUGGGAAUGCCGCAUGCGACGGCACUGAAGUUCAGGGUCGCAACGCCGGCCCGCCUGGCAGCUGACCUGCAAGCGGCAGGCAGGUGGUUCGCCGACGAGGGCGGUCCACGCCAGCUGCGAAGCCUCGACUCGCAACUACGCGAACUUUGGACUCGCCUCCGCUACCUCACCACGUGGCAUGUCUACGGUGAGGCGGUCGUGUUGGGUUGGGAGAACGCUAUCACUUGGGACGGAAGGCACGUGUCUCCUCUGCUGACUGACUCAUGCCACCACGUGCUGGUCUUGCUUACUCAGUCAGAUACACCCACGGCUGUCACUUUGCACAUGGAGGACCUGGAAACCGCUUCUAAGAGGGUCUUCACUUUCUUUAGGGGAAAAGACAGAGUCACUAUCGACUCAAAUCUCAAGAUGACAUACAACUCAAAGAACGUGCGCAGUCCAAUCAUCAAUUUCGGUGGCCUGACCUUGACUUGGACGCUGGGCCGCGCAACAGUGUCGUCCUCUGAAGGCCUGAGCUUAGAGUGUCACCUAAGCCAGGACCUGUGUCGGCUUUCUGUCACAGGCGAGCACUUCGCUGCCACCGCCGGGCUCCUCGGGGUUUUCGACUUCGAUAACAACACUGACUUCAUGACCAGUGACUGGGAGAUGCCGGCUUCAGCUGAGGAGUGGGCAGAAAGCUGGCGGGUGACCUCUGCCGAGCAGUGCUCCUCAGCCCUCCCAGAGUCUCUUGCAGCACCACCUGAAGACCAGCACUGCAGCAAUCUUUUCAGCAGCCCUGUGUCCCCCUUGAGAUCCUGCUUUGCUAGUGUGCCAAGCUCCCCUUACUUAGAGACCUGUCUCAUAGGGAAGAUAUGCGCUGCUGAGACUGCCUACAUACACACCUGUCUCCGGCACUAUCACGAACUUUCGGUGAACAUAUCGUCGUACUGCCAGCCAUGCACACUUCAUGGUGAGGAGGAACAGGGUGCAGAGGAUCUUAGGAAGGAGAUUGUCAUCAUCACAGACUUUGAAUGCCUGGAAGACGUUCAGGACCUCGUGACAGCCCUACUUAAGGAUGGCAGGAAGAAUAGAAGAGUACUUGUCCGAUAUAUUGGGCGUGGAACCCCUCCAGUUGAGGAUUUAGAUGGAAUCGAGGAAAUGGUAAUAGACUCUGGGACUUCUCCACUUGAUGCCGUUGCUGCUGCUGCUGCUGUCGAUUUCUCGCCACGGGCUCUUAAGUCUAUCAUCCUUUUCGAUUGUGAUCAUCCACGAUGUACAGUUUCGAGCACUUCGGCACCGGUCCAGCAACUACGCAAUGCACUGUUAGUUCAGGGUGUCCAAUUGCAUGUGGUCACCAAUGAUUUCAUUGCCGUCCUCGACCCCAGCGAGCUCUCCAACAAGGCUAAGCGCCAGCUGCUGGGUCUGGAUGGCCACACGAGUUACCUGAUGUCCCAUGCCCGCAAACGCCUGGUCAGAGGGCACCGGGGUAACAGAGAACACAUAACUACGCCCAUUGGAAAUACUUGUUGUAGCCUUGCGGUGGAGACAGAUGGAUCGGUGUUCUCACUGCACCAACUCAAGAUCCACCGGAAGUACCACCGGAAGAUCUUUCAGCAGCUUUUAGCGCUGCGUAUCGAGGAGGGUUGGGAGGCCGACUACCUCACUUGCAGGAGGUGCGAGUGCGGACGACAGUGCGCACUAUGCCAGCCGCCUGCACCACAAGUCUAUACAAAAUCCGGCAGAGAUUCUAGAGAAGAGGAAGAAGAAGAGGACUACGAAGAUGAGCCAGAGGAAGAAGAACCAAAGAGCAGAGGGAAAAAGAAGAAACCAAAGAGCCAACGCGGGCGUGGAAGAGGAUAGAUCUCCCAAACUGUGGCGGAUCCCCAAGCUUAUGGGCGGCGCUGUGAAAAUUUUGUUGUUUAUUAGUUAUAAACCAACGUUAUAUCGCUUCCAAAGAUAAUGAACUGCAAUACUUACGGAAAAGAAGCAACACAUAUUAUAUCAUUUCCAUGCAUAACGAUCAAACCUUUAUGUAAAACGCAUAGACGUCCUGCGUUUCCCGGGCUAAGCAUUCAAUACAUAACUUGAAAUGCACACAUAAUAUGUUAUAAUAUUUGUUGCUUGAAAGUAACAGAAUUUCUAGCCUCCUUGGUCUCUUCCUAUGUGCUUGCCUAUUGGAAUUUGCGUGUUUUUAAUGCAUAGCUUAGUACUAAGCCAACUUUCUGAAAUAUCACAUAUCAAAAGAUAUUUUGAUAAAAGGAUUAUCGAAAGUUAGAUAAUUAAUGAAUUUAUAUUCCUUCUGUCCUUUCAGUCACUUUUCUUAUUUUAUUUUAUUAAUGAUAAAUUCAUUCAUAUUGAUUA